UAAAUAUUAAACCGACAACCAAACUGUUGAUCGAAUGGAACUGGCAGUACGAACUGGAACGUGCGUCGGAGAAGAUCACAUCAUGGUCCACGGCACGGGACCGUGGCAUGUUUGUUUUGCUAGUUUAUUUUCUAUACUGUUACUACAUAAUGUGCGUUACAGUUUUGCACAGGACGAGCUACACAUCAACGAUUAUAAUGAUAACGAGUGUGGGGAACGGAUGGUCAAACGUAAAGGGCUAGUGAAGGGUGGAUAUUCUACGCAACCGGGCGACUGGCCGUGGCAUGCGGCGCUCUAUCAUCGGGGCAUCAAUAGUGCUGGGUUUGAGUAUGCAUGUGGUGGAAGCAUUGUGCACCGAUAUAUGGUGGUGACGGCUGCACACUGCGUCACGCUUGCAACCAGCCGUCGAAAAAUUCCGGCCGACAAUAUGCAGCUAAGGUUGGGCCGGUUUAAUCUUAUGAACAAUGAGGAGGAGUAUGCCGAAGAGGUCGAUGUGAUCGAGGCAAUACUGCAUGAGGCAUAUCGUCCAACAACGUUCGAGAACGAUAUCGCCAUUCUGCGGGUGAAAAUUCCAAUAAUCUUCAAUGAUUACAUUCAACCAGUGUGCCUUUGGAAGCGGGACGAUGGGGUUGUCUUACCGUGGUUUUACAACCAACCGGGUACGGUAGUUGGAUGGGGACUUUCGGAAGAUAAUACGAUAGGCACGACCCUGAAUGAAGCACGCAUGCCGGUGGUCGAUUCGUGGACGUGUUUGGCGAGUGAUCGAGCGUUUUUUGGAAAAUUUCUACAGUCGAAAGCAUUCUGUGCAGGAUACAAAAAUGGAACUGGUGUUUGCAAUGGAGACAGCGGUGGUGGAAUGUUUUUCCAGUUUCAAAAUCGUUGGUAUCUCAAGGGAGUGGUUUCGUUUAGCAAUACAAACGAUUAUUCUGGAGUGUGCAAUUUAAAACAAUAUAUCGGAUUUACUGACGCAUCACAGUACAUCGAUUGGGUGUAUGAUAAUACACCAAUCAGUGGUAUUGACGAUCCGAUACUUGGACACCCCAACAUACGACUUAUCAACCAAGGGAGCUGUGGACGGAAUGAGCAUAUGGAGGAGUUAGAUGAGAAUCGCAAAUCCAUCUUAAACCAGUAUCCUUGGAUGGCAACACUGACACAUCCGCAAACUACUGAAUAUGUCCCUUGCAAUGGAGUAUUGCUGAAUCGAAACUACGUUCUCACGGUCGCUUGUUACGAAUUAGAGAACUUGUCGGCUGUGACGCUAGGUGAUUACGAUACGAGCAAAACAAAGGAUUGCGAAAUCGUGUACGAAGAUAUGAAGUGUGUUUCCGCCGUUCAGACGGUUUCCGUGAGUGAAUUUACCCGCAAAGAUGAUCUAGCGCUAGUCCGGCUAGCCGUUCCCGCUGAUAUUGGCGGACGACAAAAUAUUGAGGCAAUCUGUCUCCCGGUGACUCCAGAGCAGCGCGACCGUCUGUACAACCGCUUCAUCAUGACGGGUUGGAAGGAGAGUGGAUCUGACGCGACAAUUCUACAACGUGCUCUGUUGGACGUAGUACAUAACAAACAGUGCUGGGACGAAUACCAAAAAGCUAACUACGGAUUCGAAGGGUGGGACCAGAUGGACAGUAGAAUUAUUUGUGCUCGAAAUUUGAACAAUCGUUCCCGAUCACCUCAAUGCAAUGAUUAUCAGCCUGGAUCGGCGAUACAGGCAAUAGAUCAAAAGUCUAAUCGAUACUUACUUUACGGUUUACAGGUGGGUAUUGGUUACUGCGAUGUGCCGGGAAGGUACAUUGCCGUCAGUAAAUAUUUGCUUUGGAUUUUGGAUAAUAUACGUAGAUAGAAAGGACGUUCCAGC